AUGACGUCUACAAGUGCCUCCAAGGACAAGGUCUACGAGAAGGUCAUCAACCCCUACCUUCCGGAGGUGAUGAAACACCCUCAAACCAUGGAGAUGCGUGAGGGGGUGCUUCACAUCCGAGAUGUUCAAGGGCCAAGGAAGACUGGAAGCGUGGAGGCUAGGCUCGAAGCGGUGGAGCAGGAGGUCUUCAAGUGCCAAGGGAUGGUCGAACGCGGACUCAACGCCAACCACUCCAUGAUCGCGGAAUUCACCCGUGAUCACAAGCUGGAAAACAAUAGUAUUGGAGAGGCCAUCUUCAAGCUUCAUGAGAAAACUGAGCAUCUACAAGCCUAG